CUUUUGUAUGUGAAAUAUGAAUUUCUUCUACUCAUCUGCAGUUUCUUGGCCCUUUUUUUUUUUUGGUGAAAAGGAGCUUCAAAUAACAUAGCUUUAAAUGUUUACUUCACAAUGUCGUCAUAGUAAUCCGUACAGCAACUAGGGGGAUGGGGAAACAUCCUAGUUACAUUACAAUCUAAGUCAGAUCGCCUACAAAGGUUCUGCUGAAGUCCCAAGACAAAGGUUGGCUGGUUGGGCAUGCUCGAAGUUACUGUCGAGCUGUCCAUAGUCGGAAACUGAUCUUCUCAGAACUUAUCUACUGAAUCUGAAGCACAAGAUCAGUUCUGCAGAAAUGCAGCUUUGAAUUUGCUCUACUGAGAUUAUUUUUGUUUGAAUUAAUCGGACCAGACUACAGAGUUGGUGAAGUUAACUUCUCUGUCAGACUUCUGAUUUAUUUUGCCAUUUUGUGACCCACUUGGUUUUUUUGCGUUCUAGUGUAGAUAAACCUAGCUGCUACCUUCCUGGUACACAACACGUACAGGUAAGCUCCCUGCAUUUUCUGAGAAGAUAGUGUUGUUCUUGAUUCUUUUUUAUCAUAUGCAAUCUUCUUUCAAAGAUUUUCACUCAAAAUCACCUCGUUUAAAAGCUGAAAAUUAAGCUGGGAAUCAAAGGAGAUGGUACAGACUUAUUGAAUUGUUACUGACUUACCAAUUAACGUAUCUGUCUUGUCUGAUGCUGACAUAAGAAAGCAAAGCUAUCAUCAACCUGGAAACAAUUUUCAACAGAGAAGUAAUUAAGGUGUUUUAACUCAAAAAGUAUAAUAUUGAUUUGUAACUUUUUUACUUGAUGUAAGUUUUUCUUUUUCCCUGAUUGCAGGUCACAGAUGAUUUAUACUUUCCAGGGCGAUCUGUCUACGAGCAGGGACACACACGCACACGCACACGCACACGCACACGCACACGCACAGGUAUGAAAUAAUGAAAUGGAAGAUUUAUUUAGCAGUACUGUUGAUUGUUUCAAGUUUCAACUGUACAUGUAUUUUAUCAAUUAUAUGGCUUUGAUUAAGACUUUCAUGUUUUAUAUAUAAAACAAGAGUUGCAUACAGCAAAAGACAGUGGCAGGUGCAACUGUCUUCCCUAGAGAUAAUGAAAAGAUUUUGGAUAGGAAAAUUAUGGGCCAUUUCUGCUUCCAUGAUCAAAUCAUUGACUAAUUAUUGGUUCAAGUUUCAGCUACUUAUCUUAAUUAUACUCAUCCAAAACAAAACGAUUUAAAGCUCAUGGGCCAUCUAUAUUUCGAGUAAUCUCUAUCUUGUUCAUUUUUAUUCUAUUAUAAUAUGCAGGGAUGUUUUGCAAGGUCCUCAAUUUAUUUCCCAUAUCACUACCAUUGCUUGAACAACACAUAUUGGCUUUAUUAGCUUUUUAAAUGAUCAAAGCUUGCCAAUUAGCCAUGUCGUCGUCCCUUAUCUCUAAAAGAUUAAACUUGUCAUCUUCAUCAUCCUUGUUGUUUUACAUGUUCAUUUGUGCGGCUUCUCUACGCACAGUUUUUGGGAACAACAGCACGGAUAGACUAGCAUUGCUUGAAAUAAAAGCGAAAAUAACCCAUGAUCCUUUAGGUGUUAUGGGAUCAUGGAAUGACACCCUCCACUUUUGUGAGUGGUAUGGCGUUACUUGUACACUAAGUACUAACAAAAGAGUAACGGUACUUGACCUGCAUUCCUCGAAACUCAAAGGUAAUCUCUCUCCCUAUCUUGGUAAUUUGAGCUUCCUCAGGGAGUUGCACCUUCAAAAUAACAGUUUUGAAGGCAUAAUCCCGUCUGAAAUUGGUCGCUUGCGCAAAUUGGAAACUAUAUGGCUAUUCCAAAACUUCAUUGGAGGGGAAAUUCCUUCAAAUUUAUCAAGUUGCCAUAGCCUUAUUGAUUUAGACCUUAGCAAUAACAGGUUGGUGGGAGAAAUCCCACCAAAACUCGGUUCCUUUUCAUAUUUGCAAGUUCUUUCUUUAGCAAAGCUCAACUUGACUGGUAACGUUCCUUCAUCUUUUGGGAACUUAUCAUCCCUUUCUAAGCUUUCUUUAGCUCAUAAUAAUUUGGUUGGAAGGAUCCCUGAAAGUCUAGGCAAACUAAGGAGUCUAACCAUUCUAUAUUUAGGAUCCAAUAAGUUUAGUGGAGUUACACCACCCUCAAUUUUUAACCUCUCUUUGUUAACAAGACUAGCAUUAUACGAGAAUGUCUUGGAAGGAAACCUUCCUUCAGAUUUAGGUAACACUCUUCCACAUCUUCGCGGAUUCUUUAUGAGUAGUAACCGAUUCACUGGAAAUAUCCCACCUUCGGUAUCCAAUUUCUCGAAUCUUGAAGUACUUCAAUUGGAUGAGAACCAUCUUCAUGGACAAGUUCCUUCACUACACAAGUUAGUAAGACUUACUGACCUUACCCUUUACAAUAACUCCCUUGGGUAUGGCUUAGCUGGAGAUCUAAACUUUGUUGAUUCCUUAGCUAAUGCCACCAAUUUACAAUCGUUUGAGAUAAGUCGAAAUAACUUCAAAGGAGUUUUUCCUAAAACUAUAUGCAAUUUCUCAUCACUUACUAUGAUUUACCUAAGUGACAAUAACUUAUUUGGAGAAAUUCCUAAUUGCAUAGAGAAUUUAUCCAACUUGCAACAUUUUGUAGCAAAAGACAAUACACUCUCUGGGGUCAUUCCUCAAGGUAUAGGGAAGCUGAACAAACUAUACUUACUAUAUUUAGAAGGUAACCAAUUAUCCGGUAUCAUUCCACCCUCAAUAGGAAACUUAACCAUGUUGUCUAUUCUUCACUUGUCUAAUAAUAACCUUGAAGGUCAAAUACACCCAACUCUUGCACAUUGUAGAAUGUUGAUAGGAUUAUAUCUGUCGAAUAACAAUCUUAGUGGCAGGAUACCGUCACAACUUUUCAGUCUCCCCGCCUUGUCUGUUGGACUCAAUCUGUCCAAAAACUACUUAACAGGGUUCCUCCCUGAAGAAGUUGGGCAACUAAAGAAUCUUGACGGCCUUGAUGUUUCACAUAACUUGCUAUCCGGUCAGAUACCAAGCUCUCUUGGUAGUUGCGUGUCGCUAGAGUUUCUAUACAUGGGAGGAAACAAUUUCCAAGGCCGCAUUCCUGAUGCAUUGCAGACAUUAAAGGGUCUACUUGAGCUAGAUAUGUCAUGCAAUAAUUUAUCUGGCGAAAUUCCAAAAUUUCUAGCGAGCCUACAAUUGAUAUCCUUGGAUCUAUCAUACAAUAACCUUGAAGGUGAUGUACCCAUUGGUGGAGUCUUUAAUAAUGCAACUGGUCUUUCAAUCAUUGGAAACUCUAGGAUUUGUGGAGGCAUACUUGAGUUGAAGUUGCCGAGCUGUAAUUAUAGCCGAAAUAUAAGAGUUGAUCAGCAUAAGAAGAAAUUAACAAUAGAAAUUCUUUGUGUGUUUGUUGGAUUCAUUUUUCUAGGGACUUCACUUGUGCUUAUAUAUAUAAUCUGGAAGAAAAAGAGGACUAAUGAACCCAAAGAAUCUGGUGACUUAGAAAACUUUCCAAAUGUGUCUUACCAAAACCUUUUUAACGCUACAAAUGGUUUUUCCUCUGAAAAUUUGAUUGGUUGUGGAGCAUUUGGAGUUGUAUACAAGGGAAUUCUUACUAAGGGUGAAUCAAAUGUUGCAAUUAAGAUUUUUAACCUCAAACAUCGUAGUGGUUCAAAGAGUUUCAUGGCUGAAUGUGAGGUCCUCCAAAACAUCAAACAUAGAAAUCUUGUAAAAGUGAUAACUGCUUGUUCAAGUGUUGAUUAUCAAGGCAAUGAUUUUAAAGCGUUGGUUUACAAAUACAUGGUAAAUGGGAGUUUAGAAGAUUGGUUGCAUCCAAUUGAGGCAAUCAAUAGAGUUGGGAGAAUGAGUUGUUCGCCCUCGAACUUAAAAUUCUCCAAGAGAUUGGAUAUUGCAAUUGAUGUGGCAUUUGCCUUAGAUUAUCUUCACCAUCAUUGUAGUAUCUCCAUUGUUCACUGUGAUCUCAAGCCGAGCAAUAUUCUCCUUGAUGGUGAAAUGGUAGCUCAUGUUAGUGACUUUGGGCUCGCCAAGUUCCUUUCAGAAGCCAUCAAAGAUGAUGUUCAUGUAAGUCAAUCCAGCUCUAUUGGAGUCCGAGGAACAAUUGGUUAUGCUCCUCCAGAAUAUGGAACGGGAAAUGAGGUGUCUACUUGCGGUGAUGUAUAUAGUUUUGGGAUUCUUUUACUAGAAAUGUUUACAGGAAAGAGGCCUACGGAUGACAUGUUCAAAGGCGGCCUAAGCCUGCAUGACUUUGUGAAAGCAGCUCUGCCUAUGCAAGUGACUGAGAUUGUCGAUCGUACUCUUCUUCGAGACAGAGACGAGGCAGAGAUCAGUGAUAGCAGCGUGAUGUUGAAGUCGUUGAUUUCUAUACUUGGCAUUGCACUUUGUUGCACAAAUGAGACACCACGAGAAAGGUUGGACAUGAGUGAUGUUGCUAGAAAGUUAUCAUCAAUAAGAAACAAGCUAAGUUCCCGAAAUUAACAAGAAACAGGUUCUGAUAAAUAAGAAGUUGCAGGAUGGAAUGAUGCAUGGAUUAUUUUCGUGACGCUCUUGAUAACAGUGUGAUUAUUUGCACUUCAGUGUAACUUAAAUUUGUUAGAUUAGAUUUGCUUUUUCCGUUCUAUAAUAUAAUAAUCAGGACUUAUAUUAUGGGACGAAGGGAGUAGGACUCUAUCAGGACUUAUAUUAUGGGACGAAGGGAGUAGGACUCUAGAUUGAUCAUGUCAAACCAAGUUGAUUUCCUGAUGUGCAAAUUUGUGAGCCAGACAUGCACAGUGCAGUUUAUAUUAAGAAUAAAAAUAUGUAAGGCAGACAUACACAUGCAUUAGUGAUAUUAUGGUAUAUAUAGUAAAUAUAUGAUUAAUAUCUUUAGGUUAAA